ACCUCGCUGAGGCGGGAAGAUCACGUGACACGAACUGCCACACGUGAUAUGUAGCUUGGUAACUGGGGUUCUCACCUCCAGCGGUGUCAAGCAGGCUGCAGAUAGUUUUGUCUGGAUAUAGUCGCAGCAUAUGCUGUAGAGAAAUGUCGGGGAACAGUGGUGGCAGUGUUAAAGCUGGAGACCUAGUCUUCGCCAAGAUGAAGGGCUUCCCUUUCUGGCCUGCCAGGGUGUGUAAGUCAGACAUCGGAUACAAGAAACGAGUUCCAGUCUUCUAUUUUGGGACCCAUCAAGUUGGGAAUGUGCCCCUUGAAAAUGUGGUUCCCUAUAACGGCAACAAGACCAAAUAUGGCAGUGGCGUUCGAAUCAAGGGUUUCAGCGAGGGCAUGUGGGAGAUCCAGAACAACCCUGGGAUCUGUGGCAAACUCAAAAUACCAGAAAAACAACCAUCUGGGAAACCAACUGCGCUUACUAAGGCUGCAGCUAAGUCUGCCUCUCCAAAGCUAACCACUCGGGGGCGCAGAACUUCUCAAGUCACAAAGUUAGCAGUUUCUUUGAGUAAAACACCGACCAGAGCGACAAGAUCAGCUGAGGGAACACUUUCAGAUGAUGAUCAGAAGAGCAACCAAAGCGUAGCAGCUGAUGCUGAGACAAGUGAGGUGUCGCAGCGACAGCAAAGCGAUGGAAAAGUGACUGAGGAAGAUGGGGGGUCGUCAACUAAUGAAGGGGAAGAGAUUCGUUUAGAACAAAGUCCUGGGUUAAAACCGAGGAAACUAAAAACAAAUGACAAAGAGCAAGACAGAGGAAACAAAAGGAGGACCCGUUCUCAUGGUGAUGUGUUAAGCAUUGAUGAAGUACAAAAAACAAAGAGGAAAAGAAAGGGGACCAGUGAAGUUAAUAUCGAUGGAACAGAAGAACACAGCAAGAAAAAAACAAAGACCCAAAACAUUUCAGAGGAGGAGAGGGAUAGAACAGAGGUCAGAAGAACAGUAGAAGACAGUGGUAUGAAGAGUGCUGUAGAAUGUGGAGGGACAGAGACACCAGAGGUUUCAUUAGAAUUGCCACUACAAGGUGCGGAGAGCAAGAAGGAAGAUAGUGUUCAAGGGGAGACGGUGGAAAUGGUGGAAAGAGAGUCAACAGAGAGUGACGAUGGGAAAGCACUGAUGUCUGAUAAAGAUGUGGGGCAGAAGACAGGACAUGAUGUUGGUACCAAGAAUAGACAUGAGACAAUGUCAGGGAGUGAAGAGCUCGGGGACCGGAAGAACGAGCAUGAUGGAAGGAAAACAAAGAGGGGAAGAAAGAAGAAAAAAUCGAGCUGUUCAUUAGAGGAGGCUGAACAAGACCGAAGAGUGCGAGAAGGGACAGGAUCAAACAAAGGUCAUGCUGAAGGGGAAACAAAUGAAAUAGUAGAAGAGAGAUCUAAGAUGGAUAAGGCUGAUGUUGAGGGAGAAAGAACUGAAAGUGCUGAUGAAAAUAGUGAGAGUGAAAACCAUGAUGGUGCAAAGAGGAAGACAAGAUCAGGCUGGAUGUCAGACGAGAUGACUGUAGAUACAAAAACACCGCAAAGUGUACGAGCCAGAAGAGGAAGGGCAGGAAAAGAGGAAGACAAGAAAACUGUAAAACGUAGAAUGACAAGAAGAGAUACAAGGCCGUCAGAAAAUGAGGAGACAAGGACAAAAGAUGAGAGAGAUGUGGGAAAAGAAGUGUCAGGAAGUGAUGGAGAAAAUUGUUGUGUGGAAGAGAGAAAAAGAAAGAAGGAGACCAAGCCAGUGAGUGGAGAGGCACUUGACCAAAGGAAAGUGACGACAGAAGAAAAAUUGUCCGAAGGUGAGGGAACCACAACUAAAAGUGAAGAGGAAGGGAAAAAAAUGGUCAAAGAUGAAGUGACGGGGAAGGAGGAGGGCUCUGGCAAUAAACCAUCAAAGAGAGGAAGGAAAAGGAAGACAAAAGAAAUAACAACUCAGAAUGAAAUAGUAAAGACAGGAAAUCAAGAAAAAGGGGAGCAAAAUAAAACUGAAGAUGGUCAGACAAAGAGAGAAACUCGCUCCACGAGUGAAGACGUAAAUAGAAGUAGAAGGGAUGAAGAGAUCGAUGUAGUUCUAAAUCGAAGAGAGAAGAAGCGGGAGACAAAUGAUGAGAAGUCUGAAAGUGAUGAAGCAAGAAAGCCGGAAUCGGAUAAAAAGCUGAAGAAGAGAAAGAAAACUGCAGAAACUGGCUCUGACAGUGAGCACGCGACUAAAGUGACAGAAGAGGAUGGAUCAGAGAAGGGGAAGGACAAAGUGAUGAGGGCGGUGGAAGAAACAAUAUCAGAUAUAGCAGAAGUUAGGAAAGAAGAGCGACUGAAGAAGACUGCUCAGGAUGAGAGGAGCGGGGAGGAUACACAACCUGCCAGUAAAGGCCCAAAAAGGCGACGCAAAGAGGUAGACAAGAAGUGUUUGAGAGCAGAAGAGCAGAAGAGAAACGUCUCUGAGAAUUGGGAUGCCCGAGGCAAACCCGAGAAACACAGAGAUGAGGAGCGUCAAGCAUUAAAGCGGGAGCGCCUGCUGAAAUCCCUCCAAGGUUUGCUGAAGUCUAAGAGAGGAUCCAGGAAGAGAGAAUCAGUGAAGAGCCUUCAGAAAGCUGCAGACUCCAGGAAAAAAUCUAUAAAGAAUCUGACCUCCAAGAGAAAGCAUGAGAAAAGGGGAAGAAAGCCGGGUGUCAAAACACAACAAGAAAAGGCUCAGGUGGCAAAAGAAGCUGAAGGGAAAGAGGAAAAGUCAGACGACGGUCAGAUGACAGACGAACCAAAGGGGGAUGAAAAGGAGGUGAGGUUGACUGAUGAGAAAAGUGAUGGGACCAGGCAGGACAUGCUGGAAGAAAGGAAGGCGGAGAGAAAGAUCAUAGGAAAAAUUGUAAAAGCUGGACAGGGAGGCAAAAUCCAGCUGAAAACUAUGAUGGGUGGAAUUAUGGCGUCAUCAGAGAAGAAGAAAGACGAGAAGCUGGAGGCGGCAGAGACAACUGGCCUGAUAGACAAAGAAGCCAAAGUGGAGAGGAAAGGGAGCUCAGACAUUAUUGGAAAGCUGGAAAAAAACAUAGAUGGGAAGAGAAGAUUGCUGAUGCAUGACGGGAAAGAAAAGGGCAGAGAAAGGGACAAGUCUACCAACCAAAUAGUACCUUCUGGAGAAGACAGGAUGGCAACCAGAGAACCCAAAAGACGAGAAAAAGCGGUGAAAGAGGAAGAGAGGAUAACUGCAGAGACGGAGAGAGGUGCCAGAGAGGCAAAGAAAGAGAAUAGGCCACGUGAAAAACUGGAGAAAAGAAGUGGUGGGAGCAAAACAGGAGAUGGCAGAAGCACAGAAAGUGAUGAAAGGAUGAUGCUAGAAAGCAAGCAGAGCUCUCCCAUCACUCCGACGGAUUCAACCCUCCACCGGAUCCAUGGAGACAUUCGGAUCUCUCUCAAGUCUGAUAAACCGGACAUCCACAAAUGUCUGGAGGCUCUGGAUCAGCUCAGCGCAGUUUAUGUGACAUCUCAGCACAUCAAGAGACACAGUGAGCUCAUAGCCACCCUGAGGAAGAUGCGGCACUACCGGGCCAGUCAGACGAUCAUGGACAAGGCUUCCAUGCUCUACAACCGAUUCAAGAAUGCCUAUCUGGUGGGUGAAGGAGAGGAGGUGGUCAGUGCAGCCUUCCUGCGCUCCCUGAUCGAGGAGAAAGAGAGGGAGGAGGAGAAGCGAGUCGAGCUCCUGCAGCACAAGGAGACGGCCGUAUGUCAGGAGGUGGAGGGGGUAGAUGGAGACAUCGAAAAAGGAAGUGGGACCAAGGAAGAAAGGCUGAAUGAACAACAGCUUGUGGAGGUAGAAGAGUUGUAAAUGAAAACAUAGGUAAGCAGCUGCAUUCAGGAUGGCGCGGUAAAUUCUGUGUGCAAUAAUCUUGGGGUUAUUUGUUUUUUCUCUUCCUUGAAGUCCUGCUCACGCCGAGUCCUUCCUCAAUCCACCUCCCUUCAUAUGUGCUGACUUUUCUGUCACGUCCUGACGUCACUCGACUUUGGUCCAAUGUUCAUCUUAUAGAUUGUUGUUUUGUGGAAGAGGUGCUGUUUUUCAAAAAGGUUUGUUUUUACUUAAAGGACCUGUUUCUCUCGUAUAUGUAAGCUACACGUUCCAACGUCACACAGCAUUAAUAUUUAACCCACCAGAUUUUUACUUGAGGAACGUUGACUUUAGUUGCAAACUAUUAUAGGUAGCCCUGUCUGGUCUCAGCUGCUACAGUCUGAAACACACAAAUGUCAUUGCAUUAUUUGUUCAUUGUCUCUUGUCUUUUUUUUAUGACCUCAGGGAAAAUGUUUUUUCUUUGUCUAUUGGAACUAAAAGUUUCUGCCCUGCCUCUAAAGUCUACUGUAAUGAAAAUGUUUUAUCGACAUUAAAAAUGUUGUUUAUGAUUAUAAAAAGUCCCAAAUCCUGUGGAAACAAGCCCCAGCUCACAACAAGAAAGUAUCUCAUCACUGGACGGGAUGACAAGUUGUUCUUGGAGGUGUCCUGCACCUCUAAGGCCUUUGUCACUGUCCUUGUCGAACCCCAGUUAUAGUUAACAAUUAAUUUAGCGUCCAUCAGUGUGAACGAUCAAAUGAAGUUGUUUAUUUUAUAAAUGUUGUUAUUUGAAGUUCCCGACGUAGUUCAGUGCACAGCUGCAUUAAACUGAGAAGCAUUAGUGUCUAACUUGGCUGUCCACUAGACGGAGCCAGAGAGCUGCCAGAGAUGCACUAUUGUAUAGGAUAGUAUUUUAUUCUAACUUGAAGAAAUGUUUUAUACAAUUGUGUCUUAUUUUUUUGGUCCUGGUUGAUGACAUGUUUUUUAUGUACCGGUACAUUAUCUUUUGUUUAAAAAAAAAGUUCA